AUGAAUCUUGCAGGAUUGGCCGGUCGACCGGGCCUCAUCGCUCGAAGUGUCCUGGCGCACAAUGCUGCCAGUCGACCCUUGACCUUAUCCCUGCCUCGCACCUCCCCCUUCACGACCUCUACCCCCCCUCUCCUGCAAGAGUCACAAGCCUUCCGGUGCCGCUCAGACAAGUACACCGAUGGCCUGCGCCUGAACAAAGACUGGGCCGCCAACACCGCGCGCGAGCACCCCGAACUCUUCCCUACCCUCGCGACCGGCCAACAACCCCAGAUCCUCUGGCUGGGAUGCUCCGACUCCCGAUGCCCCGAGACUAGCAUGCUGGGCCUCCAGCCCGGCGAUGUCUUCGUCCACCGCAACAUCGCCAACAUCAUGCACCCCGGUGAUCUCAGCUCCGGCGCCGUCAUCGAGUACGCCGUCAAAUACCUAGGCGUCAAGCACAUCGUCGUCUGCGGCCACACUUCCUGCGGUGGCGUCGCCGCCGCCAUGGGCAACAAGGAGCUGGGAAUCCUGGACCCGUGGCUGCUGCCUCUGCGUCAGGUGCGCGAGCGCAACCUGCCCCUGCUGCAGUCCCUGUCUGAGGAUGAGGCCUCUCUCAAGCUGGUUGAGCUGAACGUCCGUGAGGGUCUCAGUGUCGUCACUCAGAAGAGUGCCGUCCUGAACGCCAUCCAGGAGCGCGGCCUCCAGGUCCACGGUCUUAUCUACGACGUGGCCUCCGGGGUUCUUCGUGAGCUGGAUAUCCAGGAGACUGAGGAUUCCCUCAAGCACCGCCUGCUCGCCUUCAAGACCGAGUAA